GUACGAUCAGGCGAAAACACAUCAUAAGUGCAGUUCGAUGGGGCCAAAAAAGAAAGCCAACAAAGCAGAAAAGGAGCGUGUGAAGAAACAGGAAGCUGAACGGAAGGCGAUAGAGGAAGAAGAAGCAAGGGUAAAAGCUAAUCGAGAAGAAGCUGAGAGACGAGAACGAGAAGCGAUAGAAAAUGAAAAGAGAAGACAGCAUGAGGAAGAGGCACUUAAAAUAUGGGAAGGUCACAAGACAGAAUUUGACAUCUUGUGGAACCAACAUACAAGUCAACUUGAACAGUUUCAUGAUGAAAGAAGGAAGGCAGAAAAGUGGCAACGGUAUGUAGAAUGCAGUGGACUACCAAACCCAACCAUCCCAGGUGAAAUCAACACCUACAUCACUCUAUUAGAAGAGGAUAAGGAGAACGAGGACAUAAAAUCUGUACAGGAUGAGAGCUGUAGAAUUCUCACUCUCAUUAACGAGCUGGAGGAGCUUCUAGAUGACAUGCCUGCUAACGAGCGGCAGCAUCUAGAACCCGACUACAGCGCCACCAAGGAGAAGCUUCAGUCACUACUGCAGAGGAAGUUAGAUGCCGCCACAUAUAAUCUGCUACUGGAUGCCAGCGUAUUGGCGGAUCCAGAGAGCCAAAAUCUGCAGUACGUCAUGGGAAAUGAGGACAUGAAGCUGUGCCUGUGGGGCAACAUUGGCAAGAAUCCACGGUUGAAGUCGCAUUCGUUUAAGGACGUCGGCUACUCGUUUGAGAUCCCGAAAUCCCUGACGUCGGCCGACGUAGCCGCCCGCAUUCUCUACACGUCGCAUGACCAUUACUCAGCGCUCGCUCGAAGCUACGCCUGCAACAAGUUGAAGCCGGCAAUCGACACGGGUAAGGGCAUAGAGUCACUAUUAGAGACAACCAUCACAGAAGGGUCGGAUGGGAAGUCAACAUCAACGUUAGCUGAUCACGGUGAUAGCACGGUGGUGCAAAAAGAAGAAGAGCAAAAAUCAAAUGUGUCCGUGAUUGUCAAGAGUACAGCACCUUCUGCGGAAAGCGUUAUAGGAAAGAAGUCUACGAUUGACUACAAUUCAGCAGCAUCCUUGUCAGUAGAGGGAGCCGAGAGCAGCAGCAACAUGGGAGACACUCUAGCUGGUAGAAGCCUUGCCCCGACACUCUGCAGCAUAGAAGAAGCCACCGACGGAGGGGUCAUGGACGUCGACGAGGUAGACCUGAGAGCGUUCUCCACGCUCGGAGGCGUCCUCAGCUUCCUCUUCCUGCAGCUGCCUCCUCAGCCGAAGCUCGUCAGCAAAUGGACUAUGACGCAGAUAGAGAGGCCGCAGGAGCUGAGGGUGUGUGAGUGCGUGUUGGGUCGCUCGGGUCCCGGGUCCACGCCCGGCAGCUCGCUGACCGGCACACAGACCUCACUCAGUGAAGUGCCUUACCCCAAGCCGACGCCUACAACGGCAACGAUGCCCUUGUCAGGCGGUGGCCAGCAGGUGGCUGUCACCAUCAGGAUACCGCCGGACGUGAUAUUCUGGGAGGAGCCUCAGCUUGCUCACUGGGACCCGGCUAUACAGCAAUGGCGGUUGGAUGGCAUGCUAGACGUUGUCUACAACGAAGCGGAGGGGAGCAUGUCGUUCAGGACGUCCGUGUUCGGUGCGUAUGCGCUCAUGCAGGACCGUUACACGAGCAUGCCGUUCCAGUCGUGGGAGCUGCGACCACACACCGGGGGCCAGACCAUCCUCUUCACACUAUCCGCUGCCAACAUCGACCUUCAAUUCGAGAUCAAGGGAGAUAAAGUGCGGCUCUUGCAGCCCACGGAUCGGCCACAGAUGGCAGCACUGUGUGGCAAGUGGGUCAUGCCGUGUCAAUUGAAGAAGAUGCUGCAGCGUAUUGGCGUCAACGUCUUCCCGGAGUCCGACUCUCACAGAUACGUGAGCGUGAAGCCCAAGGAUGAGGCAACCGAGAUCGCGCUCUGUCAGCACAUGGCUGCCACGGCGUGCGCCUAUGCGUACGCCUGGUCGAAGUGGAACGGCGAGCUGGGCGGGGGCAGCAUUGUCGUGCAGGCUUCCGAGCAGCUCGGCGAUACCUUCCUUAGCGAGAGUGACUGGUCGUUGUUCCUGGUCACAAAUCACAGAGCGGUCAAGCUUAAGAUGGACGAAUACACGGACGAAUUCGCCGACAGCUCGGAGGACACGCUGCCCUAUUGUGGGGACGUAUAUCACCUGCUGAUGGAGACAGCCAGCGAGGAGGCGCGAACACGAAUCAACGAAGCGGCCGACGUCCAGAUGGUGUACACCGUGUACUCGAUGCUGCGUGCUACAAGAGUCAUCUCCUACUGCUGACGUAGGGGAGGCAGCUACGGCAUGGCCAGCGGCUGGCACCACACCUCAACAACACCCGAGAAGUAGCGUGAACUUACGUGUAGAAGCUCUACGUACGGGUUCGUUCUGCGGUAAAAGUCACCCACGUGUUUUAAGAACACACGGCAUUCACCGGUCAUUCACCGGUCAUUCACCGAUGAUGACAUUCACCGAUUGUUAUGUGGCCGCCAUAAAAAGUUAUAUAUGCAAGUUUCCUGCUAAAACGCCCUGCAGUUGUGCAUGUAAGUGAUUUCAUCUUUUAAUCCUUUAUUCCAAGUGCAACACAUGUACAGUGAGUGAGCAAAUUGCAGUAACAAGUGCGUAAGGAGUUACAGCCAGACCAAUCACUUAAAAAACGUAGGCUCAUUGUGGAAUAGUCAGUGUCUAAGGUUAUCCAUUUUUCCCAGUAUCUAUUGGUGGCUGUCAUAACAUAGGCACUAUUAACAUUUCACGUACAUAUACGAAAGAAUGUCAUGUUGUGAUAUGUUUUCUGUAAGAAGAAGUCAAUCAUAAAACAUUUCUUUGACCCAAAAUUAAUUUAUUACACAAUUGGUGAUGUCCUUUGUACAUAACGUCAUGUAUGCACAAUGGACUUUAGUAUGGAGAAACAUGUACUUACGGUCAUACGCACAUAUAUUUAAUUAAUAUGUAUAUAUAUUGUAACUUGUGUCAAAAUGUCCAUCACAAUAUGAUAUGGUCUUGACUCGUAAGUGACUGUUACUCAACCCAACCAACAAAAAUAUCGAGUAGCAGUGUAUGUGUGUACAAUAAGCACGCAGAUACGUACGUACACAUGCACACACACAUAUAUAAUAUCAAUGAAAAAUUGGGCACGAUCCUAAUAUCAACUUGACAUGCCCUUAGACUGGCAACGAGCAAGUAAUAACAUGAAAUGCGUGCACCUCCAGAUUUCUGAUUCCUGAGUCGAUAAACUGGAAUUGUGCCAAAAAUAUACCUGACGUUAAUUUUCAGUAGUGUUUAAGUAAAGGGAAGACAAAAAUCUUCCACUGCACAACAACGAAAAUUGACUUCCAAACCAACCAACAA